AUGGCUUCCCUCAAGGCAGACCGACCGUUGGCCCCCUCGGCCUUGCAUAGCAAUUGGGUCGUCCAAAAGUUUGGCGGCACCAGCGUCGGCAAGUUCGCUUUGAACAUUAUUGAGCAGGUGGUCCAACCGAGUCUCGUGGAUCACCGUGUGGCCGUUGUCUGCUCGGCCAGAAGCAGCUCGACCAAGGCCGAAGGCACCACGAACCGGCUACUGCGGGCAGCCCGGGAUGCAGAAAACUCCGGCUCAAGGCAGUAUGAAUCGUUCGUCGACGCCGUUCGUCAGGAACACGUCCAAGUCGCCCAGGAACAGUUGAAGACCGUGGAUCUGAGGGACCAAGUGGUGGCAGACAUCAAUGAGGAGUGUGAACGAGUCCUCAAGGUCCUCGAAGCGGCACAGACACUCGGGGAGAUUAGCGCUCGCUGCGUGGACAAGGUCAUUAGCACGGGCGAGAAGCUCAGCUGUCGACUCAUGGCUGCCUUCCUGCAAGAUCGUGAGGUGGACUCGCAGUAUGUGGAUCUCUCCGAGAUAAUCGAUUUCCCUAUCGGCAACAACGGUCUGGACCAGGACUUCUAUAACUCCCUCGCUGCGGCGCUCGGCAAGAAGGUUGAGGAGUGCGGGCAUCGGGUGCCCGUGAUUACCGGGUACUUCGGUACCAUCCCGGGUGGCCUCUUGGACCAGGUCGGUCGUGGUUACACCGAUCUAUGUGCCGCCCUGGUCGCUGUUGGAAUACAUGCGAAGGAGCUGCAGGUGUGGAAGGAAGUUGACGGUAUCUUCACGGCUGAUCCGCGAAAGGUGCCUACGGCUCGGCUUUUGCCUGCCAUCACCCCGGCUGAGGCAGCCGAGUUGACAUUCUAUGGGUCUGAGGUGAUUCACCCUUUCACCAUGGAGCAAGUCAUCCGUGCCAAGAUCCCCAUUCGCAUCAAGAACGUCAUGAACCCCCGCAACAAGGGCACUGUCAUCUUCCCCGAUUCAACUGCCGAACUGGAGCGAACCACCCCCGGUCACGAUCCACGUCUCUUCCGUACCCGAAGCCCCAGUCUCAUGCAGAAGCCGAAGCGACCCACUGCCGUCACGAUCAAGCACAAGAUCCUGGUGAUCAACGUUCACUCCAACAAGCGAUCCCUGUCUCACGGCUUCUUUGCUGGUAUUUUCUCUGUCUUGGACAAGUGGCGCCUAUCCAUUGACUUGAUCUCGACCUCCGAGGUCCAUGUAUCGAUGGCCCUACAUUCGGAAAUCCCUUUGGUGAAUGGAAAUGGCAGGGAUGAAUACCAGGUUGUCGAUGAUGACCUGAAGGGAGCCCUGGGUGACCUGAGCAAAUUUGGUACCGUGGACAUGAUCCCGGAGAUGGCCAUCCUGAGUCUCGUCGGCAAGCAGAUGAAGAAUAUGAUCGGUGUGGCGGGGCGAAUGUUCACCACACUCGGGGAGAACAAUGUGAAUAUUGAAAUGAUUUCGCAAGGUGCAAGCGAAAUCAACAUCUCCUGCGUCAUCGAAGAGCGCGACGCCGACCGCGCUCUCAAUAUCAUCCACACCAGCAUGUUCACCUUCUUGGAUUAG